AUGAGCAUACUCUCUCCCCUAGCAGCGGGUACGCCUCUGCUGUUCUCUCCCUCUCCUUCUCGAUCCUCCAUCUCACCCUUUCCUGCCACCAUCAGCUCCCCUCUCAUCUCUCCUCGGCCAACCAUGAGACCCCGCUUCGAGAGAUCUCGCACCUCGCAAACCCUCCGAGGAGUCUCCGACCCAUUCCAAGAAGGAUCUACGAUUUCGGUCAAUCAACCAGUGGGAAGUUUAUCGAUCAGUCCUUCCAGUCGAGAUGUGUGUCUGGCGAGUAGGAAGGGAUUGUAUAUCUUGGACUUGGCCAAUUUGAACAAUACACCGAGGUUCAUUCCUCAAGGUGGGACUUGGCAAAUAGCAGACUGUCAAUGGUCACCUCAUCCCUCAACCUCAAAUCUGAUCUUAUCGACCUCUUCACAAAAGCUACUGGUAUGGGAUCUCUCCGCUCCUAAAGCUUUACACAGCUCUAUCGAUGCUCAUUCCCGCGCCAUAACCGAUAUCAACUGGCAUGCUCGUGACCCGAAUCUCAUGGCCACUGUAUCGAUGGAUGCAGGUAUUCGAGGUUGGGAUUUACGUACCGGUGAUAUCCCCUUUAUGCGUUUAUGCGCUUGGGGUGCAGCUGGAACACAAGUCAAGUGGAAUCGUCAACACGAACACAUUUUAGCUACUGCUCAUGGUAAAGAAGUAGUUGUAUGGGAUACUAGAAAAGGUUCGGUUCCUGUCGUUUCUAUCAAAGCACAUGAUUCUAAAAUAUAUGGUAUCGAUUGGGAUCGACAAUACCGAAAUAAAAUAGUAACAUGUUCUCUUGAUAAGAAAAUCAAAUUUUGGACUGUUCCUGAACUCGGUGGAAGUGUUUCGACAGAUGAUUUUUAUCCUUCCAUCCCUGCUCCUUCCCAACCCACAGCAAUCAUAUCUACUCCUUAUCCCGUUUGGAGAGCUCGUAAUUUACCUUUCGGUCAUGGAGUUUUAGCUCUACCACAAAGAGGUGAAAAAUCUUUACAGAUGUUCGGAAUGGAUUCUCAAGUUCCCGUGGAAACUUUUGAAGGUCAUGAUGAUGUCGUUAAAGAAUUUGUUUGGAGAUCAAGGGGAGGUGAUGAUCUUAAGUUUGAAGAUCGAGAAUUUCAACUUGUCACUUGGUCUAAAGAUCGGACAUUGAGGAUAUGGCCUGUUGGAUCAGAUAUAACAGAACGAGUUGGAUAUAAAUAUGGGGAUCCCAUAGAAGUCUUAAUAUCGCGACGUGGUGCGGCCGAUAUCACUUAUACACAAAUUCCAGAUGAAAACCUUUCGAACAAUGUACCGAAACCAAUCCUUCAAAGUGGGAUAGCGAAGCUUAAACCGACCAAACCGGAAGCGGGGAUGACACGAGGUGGAGGGAAAGUUAGAGGAAUGGAUCAAUUGGAAUGGUUAACUAAAGUAGUGGAGAAUAAAGCUUCACCAGAAUCUAGUAUGUUACAAUCUAGAUUAGGAAGUUUGAGUAGACCUGUCAGUAGACCACAAAGCACGGAAGGAAAGUUUGAUUGGAUGAGUUUGAAAGAUGAAGUUAUCAUGGUUUCUAAAUUGUUUUCAAGACAGAAAAUCAAUUUCGAAAAGAUUGAUUUGAAUCAUCGGAAACUGACCAUAUCUGUGAAUGGACCAUGGGCGAAUGGAGAUCGUAUGGCAUUCAUGAGGAUUCAUUGGUCAUUCCCAUCAAAUUAUCCUUAUUCAGAACAGAUUCCCACUUUCGAAUUAGAGAGUAAUCCUACUAUAUCAACAUUUACCAGAACGAAGAUUGUGACUACUAUCAAAGAACUACGAGCGGAACAUCGACAAUGUCUCAUUUCUACCAUUGGAUUCCUCAUAGGGGCUCAUGCGCGGGGGAGAAGAGCGGUAACGGAGGAUAGUGAAAGUGAAAGUGAUGAAGAUAUAAAUAUUGGGAAUGAUGUUCCAAUGCUUAGACGAAUUUCAGGUGCUACUUUUGGACCUAACGGUCAAUUGGUAUGCUUUUUCCCUAAACAAACAGUUUUACCUCGAACUAGAGCAACUUCAAGAUCUCCAAGUGUACCUCCAAACGAUCGAGAACCUUUAGCACGUGCAAUGUCCGCUUUGGCUCAUUUAGAGAAUCCACGAUUAAGAUCUUCUCUUCGUGCAAAGGCUCGACUUCUCCGUAUUACGCCACCGGUACAAGUUCAAGCAGGAUCAACAAUGACCAUACAUGAUGUUUCAUUUCUUGGAAAUCCUGAUGCCAAUCUGGCAGCUGUAUACGGUAUGGAUCUACAGGAUAACUUGUUACAUGCUAUUCAACAUGUACGUUUGGAUCAUGCGGAAAUUUGGGCUACAUUGAAGGGAUUGUUAAAUGAACCUCCACCACCUUAUUCACAAUUACCACCUUUGGAAAGACCACAUGAUCCUUGGCGUGAAAGAGCAUUAUGGGAGCAAGCUAUCACUCAUCGACGAGCAAUGUUUGAGUUACUUCUUGUGGAAUUGAUCAAACAAAGAGACUUUCAAAUGAUCGCCUUGAUCUCAUGUAUCGCUCUAUCCCACAUGCGUUCCAAUCCCCCACCUCCACUCCCUAGACCAGAACCUUCACCAGUACAAGAUUACUUUACUCUCCCACCAUCUUCUUCUAAUCCUAUUCGUAAGCGUUCUGCAUUAUCAAGUUUCUCUCAAAUGGCAACUGCCAAUUCAUCUACUUUUUCCUUACGAGGAUCAUUAGGAAAUCCGACUCCACCUUUACCUCCUAAUUCAAUUCAAGGAAUAGGAAGCGGUACAGUAACACCCAAAGAUAAAACUUCUUUCGACGUAACUUUCCCUUCUGUUCAUACUCCUUUAGGAAUGAGUUACGAAGAACAUCCUCCUAUACCAGUACCCUAUCAUUCACCUCGACAUCGUCCUCCGAGUGGAACGGGUAGUGUCACAGGUGCAUCGGCAAGUCCAACACGUAUGACACCGUUGAAAACUACUUCUGUAUCCGCAUCUUACGAUUCGGGCGAAAUCGGAAGUUUAGAACAAAAAAGAAGUUUGACAGAUCGUUCUCUUCCAAGUUCGGCAGAGAGACCACAUAAAGUCUCUUUCUCCGAUUCGAGUUUUCGACAAGAACAACAGAUUUUACAACCGAAUCGAACGAAGAAGAGGAUUUGUCGUUUGAGAUCGGAUUUUCCGAGAGAUAUAACGGAAGGAUUGAUAGGUGAUCAAUGGAUGCCUUUGCUGGAAGCUAUCAAAUUGGCUUAUUGCGAUUUUCUCCUUCGUUGUGGGUUAUUUGGAAAGAGAACAAUGUUGAUGCAAUGGGUGUUUGUGAUUUCGAAAGCUGGAGAGGUGGCAAGUGGGGAUAUUCCUCUACAGAAAAGUGAAGAUUCCGGGUCCAAGCGGGGAGAUACGAUAGGUCAGUACUCAUACUCCUUGCGACCCUGUUAUGUUUGUUCAGGAAAAACAGACCAAGAUUGUUCGGUAUGUCAUAAAAACUCUACCAGACCGACAUGCGCAGUUUGCAGAUUACCCAUCAAAGGACUCUCAACAGGCUGUGGUAUUUGUACUCAUCGCACUCACGCAUCAUGCUUCAGACUUCACUUCUCGACUGACACCUCGUCAACUCCCACUUGUCCAGCUUGCACAUGUAAUUGUCUGUCCCGACGAGGAACGUCAAUUCCAUUCUUACCUCUCUACAUUCCUCCUCCGACCUCCCCAACAUUAAUCGCGACGCCAUAUGUCAAACCUCAACUCGUUCCCAUUUCACCUGAAAAAUCACUUCCUCGAGGUCUGGGGGUGAUCAACGAGUCCAGCGUGUUGGGUUUGACACCUACGGUCGAGGUGGAGACCGAAGAGGGAGGUGCAAUCGGUCCAGCUGAGGAUUUGGGGACGGGUGUCUCACCGGCUUCACCACCAGAUUUACUCUGGGCAGGUGGACAGAUGAGUACGAUGGGUCAGGUAGGUCAGACACAUCCUGCCAAUCCAACCCCAGUGAUGAUAGAUCCGGUGGGAACGGUAAAGAGGGAGACAGGUAGUUCAAGGGCGAACAAGACUGGUGAUGUUCGGGACAGUCCCAGUGUGCUUUAG